AUGGCGUCCCCCGAGCCGCAGCCCCAGCCGGCGGCGAGCGAGGCGCCCUUCGCGCGGCCGCCCGACCGCGACCUCCUCGACCACCUCCGUCGGUGGAUGGAGGGCGGAGCCGAGACGCUCCCCUCCUGGAUCAGCGUGGCCCAGGUGUACGAUCUCGCCCCUUCCGAUCUCAUGGCGCCGGACGCCGCCACCACUGCGGCUGACGGAUCCAGAUUCUGGUACUUCGUCACCAAGCUCCGCCACCGCGGCCCGCACGACCCGCGCAUCAGCCGCACCGCGGGAGGGGGCACGUGGAAGCUUGAGCAUGACAUCCCGCUCGCCUCCGACCCCGGUGCUGUCCUCCCAGGCAUCAAGAGGAGUUUGUCCUUCACUGUCAAGGACGAGCAUGGCAUCCCUGCUCGUACUGGACACCUGAUGCUGGAGCUUCUGCUCGCCGAGGGGGCUGGCCUUGUGCCCGGCGGUGAGCUCGCCAUCUGCGAGCUGUACCACACCAAGCGUGGGGACGACAUGGCUGUGACCAAGGCUCUGGAGAAGGCGCGCCAGAAGAUGCAGAUGCUCGAGCAGAAGAAGAUGGCCAAGACACGAGCGCAGCAGGUGAGGGCGGCAGCCAAGACUGCAAAGGAGCGGGAGAUGUUGGCUGCCAGGGAGGCGAAUCGGAAUUCCAAGGCUAAGCACAGGGCCGCCCUCAAGGCCGCCGCCGCAGCUGCCAUCGGGGCCUUCAACGCCCCUGCUCCACCAUCUGCUGCCUCCACGACGACUGCGACUUCUGCCUCCACGACUCAUGUGAUCGCUGUCGCCCCGGCUCAUCCGCUCACGACUGCGCCCCUGCCUACCAUGACUGCCGCUGCGGGUCCCACCGAUGCUGUGCUCUCCACGGCCGGCGCCUCUGCCACGCCCAAGAGGGUGCUGCUUCUGCACGUGGGAGUUGACGAUCACGUGGUCUACGACGCACAUGUGGUCGAGGACGGACCGCCGUUCAAGAAGUUGAAGGCCAUUGACUUCAUCGGCUGGGUCCUCCUCGACCCACGGACCAAGGACUGCAUGACCGGACGUCCGUGCGCCACCGUUUGAUUCCUCUGCGACCCUGCUGAAACACUCACGAAUUCUGUACAUGAAACCACCCCCUGUGCGGGACGGCUCAAGAUGCAUAUGAAACAGAACACUGUCAUAGAUUGUUGAAAGAAACUUUGACUAAAGCUGGAGCGCCCCUUUUGGAUGUUCGAUUUCUUCUAUGAAUAUGCAGCAUUUUUUGUUGAAGCAAACUUAAAUCUCUCACUGCUUGUUUGUGUCUUUUGCCUCUUCUGAUGAUGUGCUUGUUAUGCAUAGGAUUGUAAUGCUUGAAUGCCUGAUAUCGGAAAAGAAUCUCUAUACAUGUGCUGUUGUCUUUCUAGUCGCCACUUUAGAAAGUGUGUUUCCAGAAAAAAAAACAAUGGUCGAGAUCGAUGAGCAACUUGGCCAAGCACUGGGCCAGUCAUAGGGUUGGCCCCAUCAUAUCCAAGAUUAUGGCGAAGGAGGACGGGAUCGGAUGUGCUUUUGUGAUUUCGCUCACCACACCACCUCCAUGUCCAGCCUCCUACAACUUCCAUAGGUGAGCUCCUGUGUGGCAUUUCACGGCUUACUAUUUCAGAAUAUGUGUGGCUCUUGUAUCUUUUCCCAACUAUGACUUCCAUUUUUCUUCUCAUUGGUGGCCAGGGAUUUGUCUCUCAUGACAACUCGUCAAAGAGGAUGCCUCCAUUUCCUCCCAAUUCCGUGUCUUGUGCACAAGAGGAACCCAUGCAGCAACCGGUGAUAAUGUCGAACAACACUAACCACUGCGUCUAUGCAGUCUUUGUAACUAAUGCCAUUUCCAGGUUUAUGGCUUCUCCAGGGUUGUGAUUUUGGUCAUGUUGCUUGUUAUGAAGUUAACUAAUAAUGAAGUCCUACGUUUCUUCAA